AUGUUCGUUACCUCAACUUCAUCUAAUUGCCACCUUCCCUCACUUCUUUCUGAAAAAGAGCUUGAUUCAAUCAGAGGGAAGACCAGAUCCUUCAAUAAACUGAUGAAACAUCCGAGAGCGUCUCUCCCAGAUAUUCAAGAUCUCAUCGACAACCUCGGAGUCUAUUUGGAAGUUCUUCUUGUAAACGCUCCUAAGACUAGGGGAAACAUUGAGAAGAUGGAUGUCAUCAACAAAGCGAGGCAUCUCCUGGAAGAUAUCCUGAUUCGUGUGAUUUUGAAGGGAGAAACGUUGGAAGAUGCCACGAAAACAGUCAGCGGGUUCUACAGUUAA